UAAAAAAUACCAGCUUUUAUGGUCAGGUCCUACUAUCUGGCAAAUGAGAGCUAUAUCUUUUGUUUUUGUCUCUUUCUUCGACUCGCAGCGUUCGGACGUGUUUUCGCGUCGUCGCUAAUUGAAACCUGGCUCAAAUCGACGGCUUCUGGGCCAAAAAGCUAAAGUCUCUGAUCUGUGGUCGCUGCUGCGUGUCUUGAUCCGUGCGUGUUAGUCUUGAUUCGCGUGUGUGCGUGCACCCAGGUGUGUGUAUUGUAUUGUGUGUGUGAGUGCCGUAGUGAGCGCGAGUGUGUUGGUGAGAGAGCCGCUACAGCAAACCAAAAUCGACAAAUGCGGUCAAAUUGAAAAGAAAAACAAAAAAAGCAUAAAAUCAUUCUCGGCCAAAGCAGCAAAGAAAAGCAAAGCAAAGCAAAGCCAAGCAAGAAAAGCUGGAAAAGUCUGGCCAAGCCGAAACGCAGAAUCCCACGAAAAAGCCGGAAAAUUGCCCUCCUUAGGCGUGCCCGCUAUCCGCUGUCCGCUGCCCUCUGCCUCUGUCCGCUGCCUCUGUUGACGCCGUCAGCCUCUGUCAGUGUCGUAGUGCCAAAGGAGCGAAAAGGAGAGGGAGAACGAAGAAGAGCACUCUUAUCAACUGCCGCCCUCUUAUCAGGCACCGCUGCCGCAGAUUGUUGCGAAAAAAUAAAUUCCGAAUAACAGAAAUUAUUAGGAACCGCCCUUCCACGGCAUUAGCAGGUGAAUUACCGCACCGCAAGUGGAAAGUCAAACAAACAGAAAAGCAAUCGCCAGAGGAUCGGCAGACCGGAACUCUCUCUUCUAGAAGCCAAAAAAAAUCCAACCAGAGAGGAAAGCCAGCCCCGAAAACUGGCCCGCAGUUCCAAAGCAUUCAAUCAAGCGCAAACUUGGCCAACUUGAAAAGGGCACAUUUUCGGAUUCGCUAAUUCAAAUCUUGAAACUAAAUGACGCCUGUGUCUGAGAGCCUGCUGCCACAUACCGCAACGCUGGACGAAAGACGACGGCCACAAAUUAGCCAACCAGUCGAAGACUUCCAAGUCUAGGCCAAAAAAAAAAAAGGGAGAUCUUUGGGAAAAGGAGCAAACCCGAAUCGAAGCGAAGCGAAAGCGGGAGAAACAUCAAAAGGACUGCCCAACAACGUGUGUGUUUGAGCGUCUGCGACUAAUUUUUCGAGAGCGCCAAAGGAUUCAUUAAAAAACCGCCAACCUGGAACUAAUGGAAUUAGAGAAUAUUGUGGCCAAUACGGUCUACUUGAAAGCUAGAGAAGGUGGUUCCGACAGCAACAAGGGAAAGAGCAAAAAAUGGCGCAAAAUAUUGCAAUUCCCACACAUAUCGCAAUGUAUCAACCUAAAAGACAAACUAGAUAUAAGUUAUGGCUACGUGAUAGAUCAGCAACCCAUUGGUCGUGAGCUCUUCCGCCAGUUCUGCGAGAACAAGCGGCCCAUAUACUUUCGGUACAUAACCUUCUUGGAUCAGGUGGUCAAAUAUGAAAUCGAGUACAUCGUGAACCGGAUAUUCAUUGGCCAUGACAUCGGGCGUCGCUUUCUGGACAUCGAACCGCAGCUGGAGCUGCGAAACGGUGGUGGCGGAGAUGCCCUGGAUGCCGAGGCGCAGGAGGAGCUGCUACUGAACAGCAGCAAUGCCAAUCCAACUGAAACAGCUGAGACUGAAAACUGCAACAAUACCACCGCCAACAACUGCAACAACAUCAACAGCAAGAGCAGCACCAACUCGCACAGCAGCAGCAUCAAUCACAAGAAGCUGGACACGCGCAACCACAAUGGGGACGACGCCACCGGGAAUGGUAGCAACGGCGACGAAGGAGUCGAAUGCCUGGACAGCCGCGAGGACAAUGGUCCGGAGAAGAGCAGUGAAGAUGGCGGUGGUGGGGGCGAAGACGGUGGCGGUGGCGGCGGCGGUAAUGGCACCACCACCUGCGGGGGAUCUGCCGACGAACUCGUUCUCGACGUGCUCAACGAUGAUCUCAUAGCGCAAGUGCGUACCAAGCUGAACAGCGGCGGCAAGGACAUCUUUGCCCAGUGCGUAAAUGCAGUGAAGUCUUUUCUCGCCGGAGAACCGUUCCGGGAAUUCGAGAACUCUAUGUACUUCCACCGAUACUUGCAGUGGAAGUGGCUAGAGGCGCAGCCCAUCACCUAUAAAACGUUUCGCAUGUACCGAGUUCUGGGCAAGGGCGGAUUCGGCGAGGUGUGCGCCUGUCAGGUUCGGGCCACUGGGAAAAUGUACGCGUGCAAAAAGCUGGAGAAAAAACGCAUCAAGAAGCGCAAGGGCGAGUCCAUGGUGUUAAUCGAGAAACAGAUUCUGCAGAAAAUCAACUCACCGUUCGUGGUUAAUCUGGCCUACGCGUACGAGACAAAGGAUGCCCUCUGCCUGGUGCUGACCAUAAUGAAUGGCGGCGAUUUGAAAUUCCACAUUUACAAUAUGGGCGGUGAACCGGGAUUCGAGCUAGAACGUGCCCGCUUCUAUGCGGCCGAGGUGGCCUGCGGAUUGCAGCACCUGCACAAGCAGGGCAUCGUCUAUAGGGACUGUAAGCCGGAGAACAUCCUGUUGGACGACCAUGGCCACGUUCGCAUCUCCGACCUGGGACUGGCCGUUGAGAUACCCGAGGGCGACAUGGUGCGCGGUCGGGUAGGCACUGUGGGUUACAUGGCACCCGAGGUCAUCGACAACGAGAAGUAUGCCUUUUCGCCGGACUGGUUCAGCUUCGGCUGCCUCCUGUACGAGAUGAUCGAGGGCCAGGCGCCAUUCCGAAUGCGAAAGGAGAAGGUCAAGCGCGAGGAGGUGGACAGACGUGUCAAGGAGGAUCCCGAAAAGUAUUCGAGCAAGUUUAGUGAUGAAGCCAAAUCUAUGUGCCAACAGCUGUUAGCUAAAUCGAUAAAGCAGCGCCUAGGCUGCCGUAACGGGCGCAUGGGUGCCCAGGAUGUGAUGGCCCACCCGUUUUUCCACUCCACCCAGCUGAACUGGCGCCGCCUGGAGGCUGGUAUGCUGGAUCCGCCCUUUGUGCCAGACCCGCACGCCGUUUAUGCCAAAGAUGUGCUCGAUAUUGAACAGUUCUCCACCGUGAAGGGCGUCAAUAUCGAUGAGUCCGAUACGAAUUUCUACACGAAAUUCAAUACGGGUUCCGUGUCCAUAUCCUGGCAGAAUGAAAUGAUGGAAACCGAAUGCUUUCGGGAGCUGAACGUCUUUGGGCCGGAGGAAUGCCCCACGCCAGACUUGCAGAUCAACGCAAUACCCGAACCGGACAAGGCGGGCUGUUUCCCCUUCCGCCGGAAGAAGAAGCAACCAGCUCGCACGCAACCCAUACCCAUUCCCGAACAUCUGUUAACUACUAGUCACAGCGUGUCCUCCACGACUGUGGAGAGCUGAUAGCAUAGAUCAGUGGAAGAAUCCUCCAAACGGACGCCAGAUGAGGACGUCAACACAUAGCACAAUUUGCGCACAGUUACCCCAGAUGCCGGGGUAUUUAACAAAUGAAGCAAAUGAACAUCAUAGCACAACAUAGGUCAUGGCCUGGUCAACAAAACGCAAUUACAAAACCAAAACCGAUAGCGGUUUCUUACUCAGUUGACGCGCAAAACAUUUUGUACAAUUUGUACUUUUACACAAAAGUUUUCUUAAGAAAUUGCGAGCUCAUUUCAAUGACUACAUAAUUACAUGCAUAAAUUUAUAAAUGUUUCCACACACCCUAGAGCGUUACUUAAUUGAAAAUGUGGUUGCAUAAAGCCCGCUCACCCAACUACUUCAAGAGCUAAUGCCACUUUUCGGUGGCAUCCACACGCAAAUCUAAGAAAGCUGCACUUCAAAUUGGCCGCCAAGUCUGUCACAGCACCACAAACAAAUGUUACUUAUAAACAACCACGCUAUUUAAAUGUUGAAUAAAAAAAUCGAUCACCUAUAAAAUCAUCAUCAGCAGAAGCAUAAAAAGAAGCACUAUCCAAGCACACGGCAGAGUAGAUGCAACGCCCAACAGAGUAAUGUGUAAUUUUGUAAAGUAGUUUGUGCUCAACGGUUGGAAGAAGCGUUGGAUUGGAAGAUGUUCUAGUUAGCAUUUGUAAGGAAGUUAAGAAAAUGACAUGAAUACUCGAAAACUUGAAUGCAUUUUAAACAAAUACUUAACACAUGAUACAAGCUACAACCUAAACAAAUACAUAAGCUAUGUAGUUGUUUACGCAUACGUAUGUGGAUUGUACAUUAAACAAAAUAUAAUUAUUUAUACGAUUUUUAAUUUUUAUUGCCGCACACUUUUGCUACGCUUUUCGUAUCGUUCUUUGACCCUUUUCUGUUGCCUAAGUUUAAGUUGGCCAAGAGCAAGAGGUUACGAUGGGAUGACCUUGUCACUGAUAUUUGUUUUUGUCAUGCAAUAAAUAAUAACAACAAGUUAUGGUUACUAAUGCUAAUUAAUUGAGAUAUCGAUGUCACCUAGUGUCUAAGUUUUGUGUAAACGUAGCGUAGGCCUUUUGUAAUUAGCAAACAACAAAUAUGAAAGCAAAACAAUUGGAGAAUUUAUUAUGUUAAUAUUGAAAAUUAAUUAUUAAUAUUGAAAUUAUUGGCAGUUGUAGAGAUGCCGAGUGCAAGUUUUAGUUACAAUUCAUUUCAUUUUAGGCACAACUAGCAAAUUUUAAGGCAUACAAUUGAACUACUAUCAGCACAAGAGCCCGCUAACAAAAAUCUGAAAAACACGCCAUCAGCCAGCCCCCCAAAUCCAAAUCCAAAUCCCAAUCCAAUUUAGCACUACAACUACAAUAAAGUGAAACCAAACUGAGCAAGCGCCGAAAUAUUUAUCUUUAGCAAUUAAAUGCAUAUUUAUAGAGCAUCGUAAAUACCAGAUAAACAUACAUAAAUAAAUAUAUUCUGUAAGCGAAAUGAUACAAAAUACAAAGCAAAGAGAAGAACAUUCAAAAACAAUAAACGUAUUUAACUAAAAA